GCCAUGAUGUGUGACAUCAUCUACGCUGGGGAGACGGCGCAGUUCGGGCAGCCCGAAAUCCUGCUGGGGACGAUCCCAGGUGCUGGCGGGACGCAGAGGCUGACCAGGGCAGUGGGGAAGUCACUGGCCAUGGAGAUGGUGCUCACUGGGGAGCGGAUCUCAGCAGCGGAGGCCAAGGCAGCAGGUCUCGUCAGCAAGGUCUUCCCUGUGGACAAGCUGCUGGAUGCGGCCAUCAGCUGUGCUGAGAAGAUUGCCAGCAACUCCAAGCUGGUGGUGGCUAUGGCAAAGGAAUCUGUCAAUGCUGCCUUUGAGACAACACUGGCGGAGGGGAACAAGACAGAGAAGCGGCUCUUCUACGCCACCUUUGCCACCGAUGACCGCAAGGAAGGGAUGACGGCGUUUGUGGAAAAGCGCAAAGCGAACUUCACUGACAGUUGAGCUGCGAUGGCACAGGUGUUGGCUGCCGUUUGUCACCCAUGUGCCUCAGCUGGGUGUACACCCUGCCCCCAGCACCACAUCACCCUGAUUACCUCUGCACUGGGCAAGGCGAUCCCUGUCAGGGAGCUCGACAUCACUAUUAAAAGGCUUUCCUGGUGCUGCUGCAG